GGUGCAGCGCCGCGGCCGCCGCUGACAGCGCCGCGCUCGCAGGUCCCUGCCCGCAGCUCCUGCCGCUCCUGCCAGCAUUCUCCCAGGUCCGGCCCCCUCGUCCGCCUCGCAUUUGGGAUUAACUCGCCUAUGGAGAGAUGGUCCUAGCUGAAUUAUUUAAAGACACUUAAGCACAGAAUUUGCCCCAGCAGUUGGAGUGAUUUCUCAAUGGAGCCCCGGAUCCCUCACAACAUCACCGUUGUCCCCAACUCUGUGAUGGUGCAGCCCUUGCUGGACGGCCGGAUCCCCUACGGGCGGCUGCAGCACCCACUGACCAUCCUGCCCAUCGACCAGAUGAAGAGCACCCACCUGGAGAACGACUACACCGACAACCCCGGCGCCUCCCAGCCGCCGGCCCAGAAGCGGCCCCGGGCCCCCCACGAGCCGGGCUCGGCCGGCCAGCACCCGCAGCGCUGCGAGCAGGAUGUCACCCACCCCUGGAUCUCCUUCAGCGGGCGCCCCAGCUCCAUCAGCAGCAGCAGCAGCACAUCCUCAGACCAAAGGCUCCUGGACCACAUGGCCCCGGUGCCCGUGGCGGAGCAAUCGUCCCCCCGCGCCGUUCGCAUCCAGCCCAAGGUGAUCAACUGCAAGCCCCUGGACCUGAAGGGCCCCGUGUCCCAGGAGCUGGACAAGCACUUCCUGCUGUGCGAGGCCUGCGGGAAAUGCAAGUGCAAGGAGUGUGCCCUGCCCCGGACUCUGCCCUCGUGCUGGGUGUGCAACCAGGAGUGUCUGUGCUCGGCGCAGAACCUGGUCAACUACUCCACCUGCAUGUGCCUGGUCAAGGGCGUCUUCUACCACUGCACCAACGAGGACGACGAGGGCACGUGCGCCGACCACCCCUGCUCCUGCUCCCAGUCCAACUGCUGCGCCCGCUGGUCCUUCAUGAGCGCCCUGUCCCUGGUGCUGCCCUGCCUGCUCUGCUACCUGCCGGCCACCGGCUGCGUCAAGCUGAGCCAGAGAUGCUACGACCAAGUGAGCCGGCCCGGAUGCAGAUGCAAAAACACAAACAGUGUCAUUUGCAAGGCAUUGCCCGAGAGCAAAGGGGCAGAAAAGCCCUUUUAAUGGUUUGGGAGGAGGAGAUGGGAGGAUGCUCCGUGGAGCAGGGGGUGUUGGCUCUUUUUAAUAACCUGUGUUCUGAGGAGAGCGCCGGCCUCUUGCCUUCGGAGAAAGCAGAAGCAACUGUUUCCACAAACUGAAGCACUUUGGGUUAUUCAGGGUUUUUGGAACUGGUCGCAGUUGAAAUAGAUGGGGCCAAAGGAGGAAUGUUAAUAAUGCAGAGCGAAGGCUGCAAACCCAUGUACAUCAUGAAGUACAGCUGCUGAAAAACUCCCAGCUCGGAGGGACGGCUGCUCACCAGGCCUGCACACCACAGGAACCAUUAACUGCUCGCUUGGCAGGCACCACCUCACAGCCAAUCCCCAUUCCCAGCUGCAAAAAGCUGCUUUGAAUUCAGAUUCAGGGCGGGCUACUUGCUUCCUGUCUCCUUCCAAACCCCAGCUCGCUCCCAGCAGCCUGCUGAAGGCGAUGGGGGAACUCCCUCCACCCUCCUUCCCUCCUAGACACCACUCCAAGGGCUGGUUGCACACAAAGUAUGUGUCUCUCUAAAGCUUUCUGUGUCCCUCAAAGAUUUUUGGACCAGAAAUGAAGCUACAUUUCAUUUGUGGAUGGGUCUUCUGCCCUUUGGGCGUAUCCCACCCGACCCCACUGGUUUGGACCCUCUUUCUAAAGCAAGAUGGUAGCAGGGCUGCUCCUCCCAGGAGGAAUGGCAGCAGGAUGCGUUCAGGCAGUUGUAUCAACACCGGGUCCUCCUGCCUGUAAGCUGAUGCUUGGCAUCAGGUUUCACCCGAUGGAAUAUGAGUUUUGCCUCAGCAGAGCAGCCCCUGUGCAGGAGGAAGGUGGCUGAUCCCGUUCCCCCAGCCCAGCUCACUCCCAGAGCACAGGGGAUGCAACUCGAGCCACAAAGGAAAGACGAGCAGGGUUUGGUCCAGUAAACCUCUUAAGCUCUGGUAAGAAGUCCCACAAACCUAAGUGUACGAUGCACACAGAUGUAUUUUUCUAGGGGUCUCAAUCCAGUACCUCCCCUCCUGGAACAAGCUCUUCUUUGCUCAUUAGAUAUUAAGAUUUGUUUUUGUCUUGGGGGUGAAUGGCAUUUGCUUGAAGUACAGGACAUUCCCUCACCCCUAUUGCUGCUGUUUGACUUUUGCCUCUUCUGUACAAAAGUGUCUUUUUAAAUGUAGAGAAUGCUUGUAGUGUUUAUUUUAGUGUUAACACACACUAGGGAAAGCCAGGGGAAGGAAGAGAGUGCAGCUAACGAGCGGGCCCGUGGUUUUCAGCGCACAAACAUUGGCUCUGUCCCUGCCCUCCUCCUGGGGCUGGUUCUUCCUUCCCCAAGGAUGCUGUGACCCCUCUCUCUUGACAACUACAAGGUGCUAGACAAGAAUCUUGGUCCAAACAUGCAACACUCUAAUGAGGAGGUAGGUACUUGUUGCAUGCAGAAAACUGACCUAGUCUCUCUUGGUGUUUUUAAUUAGAGGAGAUUUCCUCAGUAAAUGCACAGCAGUGACAGUGAAAUGUCAUCUCUAAUUAGACAAGCAAUAGGCAGAGCUCAUGUAGCAUUUCCAGGAAUCCCCUUGGCCUGGGUAGGGGCUGGCAGGAGCACCCUGGUGGGACUCUGGUGUCUUUGGGUUGCAGAAUUCAGCUCAGCUGGAUGGCCUGGGGUUUAGCUCAAUGGAAUUGUAGAUAUUUAUUGAAUGGGGGAGUUAAAAAAAAAGAAAACCAACCAACUCUUCUAUUUAUAACAUUUGCUAGCUUGUACAUGCUGAAUCAUAGAAAAAAGGAUGUAAUGUCUGUUACCAGAUACCAGUUCCUAUAGGGCAGCCUCAUGCUGACUGUCUGUGGGCAUCAGGAAGCAGGUGGGGAUCCAGAGCUGUGUUUAUUAUCUUGCACAAAUUGGAGGGGAAAAGAUAACAGGAAAACCAACCCCAAACUAGCUGAACUGCUGGUUGAAUGUAUAAGAUAUUGUAUUUAAUAAGAGAAAUCCUUUUCCUAAGAUACAAGCAAGCUAGAAAAGGCCAGCAGGAGAGGCAUUUACCUGCUGCCCUCCCCUGCUGGGACCACACAUGUCCAAAUGGCCUCCACCCACGGCUGCUUUGCCUUUCUGACCCCCUGCCCUGGCUGUUCCUGGGAACCUGUGCUGAAAUCCUGCCCUGGCAGAGCCCAUGGCUUGGCUGCAUGGUCCUCGUGAGCAAAGGCACCAUGGAAUGGUGGCCACCGUGCCAGUCUACACUCCUGGACAUAGCCCAGCCCUCCCAGCUGGUCUCCCCCUCACUGUACAUAGCUGUAAACUCUUUCUCUCUUGGUUUGUUUUAGUACCCAAGCCCUGUAAGGCGAUGAUGCCGUGCUGGAGCCUGCCAAGCCUUGUGGAUGUGUUAGAGCAGUGGUCAGUGUAGCAGAGUGACCCUCCCUCCUCCCCUGGCUCCCAGCACGGCCCCUGGACUCUGCCCCAGGAACGGCAGGAAGGGCUGAGCCCUGUCUGGAGCUGGGGAAGGGCCGGCUUGGCCCGAGCCAGGGCUCUGCCAGAGGGAGCAGCUCCUGUCAAUGAAAUCCAUAUUCCCUCUCCUCCCCAUCCCAGCACUUCCAUCCCCCACUCCUGUGAAGGUACUUGGGUCUCCUGCCCCCCCAGAGAUGGGCCAUGGGCAUGGUGCCAUGUCACCAUGUCACAGCCCCACAGCUCUGCCACCCUGCCAGGGCAGAUCCCCCUGCAAACGAAGGGACAGCUGCAAACGAAGGGACAGCUGCAAACGAAGGGACAGCUGCAAACGAGCACAAACCUCUCCAGCCAUGGCACUGAGGUGGGGUGCUCACAGAGGCAGGAGGGCAGGUCAGGGCAGCUGCCCCUGGCACAGGUGCCACGCUCUGGAGGAGGAGCAGGAGGAUGGCAGGGCACCUGCACUGCUAACUGCUGCAGCAGGUCCAUGGCAGGGUUUGGCCCUGCCCUCACAAAACAGCCCAGACAGAGAGAAGGGGGGACCUGAGGGUGCUGGCAAUGCCACCCCUCAUUCCCAAGGGGAGCAGCCCCAACAGACAAACACCCUGUCACCACAGCCCUGUGCCUGUGCCCACCAGGUGCCAGGAGCAGAUCCCAGAUUUGGUGCUCCCUGGGCACUGGCUUUGCCAUCCUGAUGAGCCCUCACCCUUCCCAGCACUGGGUAUUCUCUUCCCCUCCCACGCUCAGACACCCUGAGAAAUAUUUCCCCCAUCUCCUCUUACCACCCCCUCACAUGUACACCCUGAAAUGUUACCACAGAAGGUUUUUCUUUGUAUAGAAUAUUUAUUUUGAAGCUCUAUUUUAAUAGUAUUUAUUUUAGAAAGUCUACUAUUGUAAGAGUUCUUCUGUUUGUGAAGAAAAACAAGUACUGAUGAAUGUACUGAUCUAGAAAUUAUAUAUAUAUAUAUAUAAAUAUAUAUUGUUAAAUAUA